GAAACAGUGCUGCUGGGUUAUUAGGGCCUACAUUGGGGCGAAAUAUAAAGCCUUGCGCAGGCUAUGCCAAACCCGGAUCGAGGUUGCGUGAUUUCUGCGGGGGAAGUCCGGGGAAUGUCCAGAGUAUGGGGAAGACCAACUGGUUGAUGAGACCCAAAUUCUGUGCUGUGGUGCAGAAAUGGCGACGUGACAGUCUUGCCUCCGUGGUUGACCACUCAGUUAACGAUCCGUUUCGAUCGAGAGCAAUCUCUGCGAAAUUCAUCACCCAACUAUUUCAUGUCCGUCAGGCACGUCAGCUCUUGGAGGGCACCGGUACCCAGCUCCAGACCUUCAUCGGAUUGCUGCAUGGGAGUGACCAUACCGCCGUCAGUGUGCUGCAGGCCCAGUUGGCGCUGGUCGAUACCGCCCAGGAGCUGGACAUGAUCAUUAACCUGGGCACCCUCCUGAGCCGGAAUAUCGCAUACGUCGAACUAGACAUUCUGCAUUCAGGGCAAUUACGCGGCCAUGGCCGAGGCUGGCACCGCGGGUUUGGAAGAGUAAUGCUAUUAUUCCCCGUUCCAUAAUGGAUAACAUUGCUCACACGUGAGGAGUUUUACGUGACACGUCCUGUAGGGAUUAUAGGGUGUAAAUGCUGGAUCUUGCGGGUCACGGGUGGUGGCCUCUUUGCAACCCCAUUGGCAUGGUCUUCUGUGUCUUCCUUGCUGGCAUUCUGGCCAUGGUGUUUUUCUCCUUUCCCGAAACCAGAGAGCACCCGCUGGAUGAGAUUGGCGUCAUUGUCGACGGCGAGCCAGCCGCGCCGC